AUGAUGCUGCGAGGGUACUAUAGCGAGGACACGAGGAACGCCACUCUCAUUGUGGAUGGGAAGGCUGUCCACACGUGGAUUAAGGAGCUUGGAAUCGUGUGGUUCACGAAUGGUGCGACGCACACCGCGCGACUGGUGGCACGAAACGGUAAGCAGCAGCGACGAGGCGACGGAUUCAUGAGGAUAAUUGAAAUCGACGGUCAAAUUCAGCCGCGCAUGCGACUGGGCGACACUGUUCUCCCAUCCAACGACACUGGUCUCACGAUAACAUUCAAGGCGGAAGAGAAAGAGGGGCCGUACGACGUGGAUUACUACACUCUUGAAGUCGACGGGCUGUUGUCGCUUGACGUGAAGCUGCGUAUAGCGCAACCGAGCCUCCAAACGCCAACGGACGCGGAAGUCCACAUCAACGUGGGGGUGGCGAAAUUUGCGCGCACUGAUGCGAUUCACGGCGUGUUGGGGCAGACUUUCCGCGCGGACCACGCGCAGAGGGCAGUGGAAUUCCAGAAGUUGGUGGCUUCCCUGCACCGCCGCGUUUCCGCUGAUGCCGAAGAGGGGAAGGGCUUCCUCGACGGUACCCCCCGCUCCUAUGAGAGUAGCGGUGUACUCUCUACAGACUGCGCAUUUGCUGCAUAUCGUCACGCCUAA